UAUCGGAGAUUUAAAGCAAACAUCACCCAUCACUAAAUUUCAAUACAGGGUGUUUCGCGUAUCUCAAGGGGGAAAAACGAUAAACAGAAAGAACUGCUGUACAGCGUACAAAUUAAACCGCACGAGGUGUAUUCAUGGCUGACUUGAGAGUAGAAAUGUCGUCUGAAAAAGACUCAAAAGGCAAGAAGAAACCAGUGAAUGACGAAACCCGGGGUGGGAGUAGCGCUGCAGUGGUAACGUUAUUGGCGGGGGUAGUCAUUUUGGCCGCGGCCCUCUACUACCCCAACUCGUUAAUCGUGGGUGAACUCCGGACUUUGAUUGAAAAGAUUGAAAACCAAACUAACCCCACAGGGAACCAGACUCCCCGGGAUUGCUACGAUGUCCUGACUCAGAGACCCAACUCUACCUCAGGAGUGUACAGGGUGUACCCAGGCACCCUCAGGCGCGGGAUGGACGUAGUCUGUGAUAUGGACGUGGAUGGAGGGGGAUGGCUAGUUGUGCAGCAGAGGAUGGACGGAAGUCUAGAUUUCUACAGGGGUUGGGUAGACUACCAGUUCGGAUUCAGCAAUGGAACCAGCGAGUUUUGGAUAGGCAAUGAGUUUUUACAUUUGCUGACAAGCCAGGCCCUGUACGAAUUACGUGUAGAUAUGACAGAUUUUGACGGAGAAAGUCGAUUUGCCAAAUACAAAGUGUUCAACGUAGGAAACCGGGACACGAAGUUCAGACUGAGCGUGGGGGGAUAUUCCGGCACCGCGGGCGAUUCCUUGUCCUCCCAUAACGGGAUGCUGUUCACGACAAGAGACGUAGAUAAUGAUCUGGCCAGUGGACAGUGCGCGGUCUCGUUCAAAGGAGGGUUUUGGUACAGUAACUGCCACACUGCUAAUCCGAAUGGACAAUAUCUACAGGGAACCCAUGAAAGCAUGGCCGACGGUAUCAACUGGCAAACAUGGCGGGGGUACAAGUACUCCCUAAAAACAUUUCAAAUGAAAAUUAAACCACUUUAAAUUAAAAACAAAUUUACUUUU